AUGUCUUCUGAUGAUGAUAUGCCUUUGGCAAGAACAAAUGGAACCAAUGGCAAUGUUUCGCAAGCUCGUAUAUCGAAAACUGUCGACAAGGCCAUGGACAAGGCCGUCGCAAAUGCGAAGGUUGCCCCCGUAGGAAUUUCUAUUCGCAAUGGACCUGUUUUGGACGAUCCUAUGGAUGUGGAUGGACCUGCAACAAAUGGCGCUUCCAAGCGAAAGUCACGAUCAAGCAUUGCUAAUGGGAAGCCCAUAAAUUACAAGGUGGAUGGAAGCGGCAGUGAAAGCGACGAGGUGCCAUUGGCGAAACGACAAAGAACAACCAAGAAGAAAGCCGUGGAUUCCGAUUCAGAUGAUGACAUGCCUUUGGCUGGCAGGCGCAAUUCAAAGUUACCCCCCAAAGCUUCUGCGACUGCGAUCGGAGAAUCAUCUUCAGAUGAUGAGCCGCUCACCGUUAAACUUUCCAAGGAGAAGGCUUCCAUCGAAAAGCACGCUGAGAAGGAAGCUAAAGCCAUACGAGCGAAGAAGGCAGCCCCAAAGAAGACCGUCAAGAAAGAGGAUUCCGAUAGCGGUGAGGAUGUCGCACCUAAAAGGCGAAAGCCCAAUGGUGUGGCUCCUGUGAAAUCAUCGGCGAAGAAGACUAAUGGUGUAAAGAAAGAGGAAUCUGAUUCAGAUGUACCUCUUGCGAAGAGGCCAGCUCCAAAAAAGACAAAUGGCAAAGUCAAGCCUGAACCAGACACAAAGAAAGCCAAGGCCAAGAAGGAAGAGAGUGAAGAAGCAGAUGAGGUUUAUCGUUGGUGGGAUGCACCCAAGAAAGAAGACGACAGCAUCAAAUGGGAGACAUUGCAACACAAUGGCGUUGUUUUCCCUCCAGAAUACGAGCCACUUCCGAAGAACGUCAAAUUGGGAUAUGAUGGGAUUCCGCUCACUUUGUCUCUCGAGUCAGAAGAAAUCGCAGGCUUUUUCGGUGCUAUGUUGAAUUCAACCCAUAAUGUCGAGAAUCCCACUUUUCAGAAGAACUUCUUCAAGGAUUUCACCGAUUCGGUCAAGAAGACUGGAGGUGCAAAGGAUAAGGACGGAAACAAGGUUGCCAUCAAGGACUUUAGUAAGCUCGACUUUAAGCCAAUUUUCGAGUAUUAUGAUGGCAAGAGUACCGAGAGGAAGGCUCGGUCUGCCGCGGAGAAGAAGGCCGAGAAAGCCGCUAAGGAUGAGGCCGAAGCUCCAUAUAAAACUUGCAUCUGGGAUGGACGCAAGGAGGAUGUUGGCAAUUUUCGUGUUGAACCUCCUGGACUAUUCCGUGGUCGUGGCGAGCACCCAAAGACUGGUAAAGUCAAGCUCAGAGUCACUCCUGAGCAAAUCACGAUCAACAUAGGCAAAGAAGCUACUGUUCCUUCUCCUCCUGAAGGUCAUAAAUGGAAAGCCAUUCAACAUGACAACAAGGCUACUUGGCUUGCUAUGUGGCAAGAAAAUAUCAAUGGUGCUUACAAGUAUGUUAUGCUUGCAGCUAAGAGUAGCAUCAAGGGCCAGAGCGAUUACAAAAAGUUUGAAAAGGCUCGUGAGUUGAAAGAGCACAUUGACCGAAUUCGAAAGGAUUAUACUCAAGAUCUUCAUGCUGAACUCAUGGCUGAUCGGCAAAGAGCCACCGCAGUUUACCUCAUUGAUAAGUUCGCGUUGCGUGCCGGUAAUGAAAAGGAUGCGGAGAAUGAAGCCGAAACAGUUGGAUGUUGUUCUUUGAAAUAUGAGCACGUCACUUUGAAACCCCCUAACACCGUCAUUUUUGACUUCCUGGGAAAGGACAGUAUCCGAUUUUACGAUGAGGUAACAGUUGAUCCUCAAGUUUUCAAGAAUCUGAAGAUCUUCAAAAAGGCCCCAAAGAAGAAUGGUGAUGACAUUUUUGAUCGACUCAAUACCACACAAUUGAACAAACACUUGACGAACUAUAUGCCAGGUUUGAGUGCCAAGGUAUUCCGUACUUACAACGCCUCUUGGACUAUGUCGGAUCUCCUAAAGAAGCUCAAGAACAGUGACAUUUCUAUGCAAGAGAAAAUCAAGCUGUACAACGAUUGCAAUCGCAAAGUUGCCAUUCUUUGUAACCACAAGCGCACCGUUGGUGCUAGUCAUGAGGCUGCAAUUGAGAAAAUGGAUGAUGCAGUCAAGGGUCUCAAAUAUCAGAAGUGGCGCCUCAAGCAAAUGAUUCUCGAUCUCGAUCCAAAGCAGAAGAAGAAGAAGGGUGCUGAUUGGUUCGCCUUGGAUGAAGAGCUUGAUGAAGCUUGGAUUCAAGAGCAUCAAGCCUUUCUCGUUGCCCAGGAGCGUAUCAAGAUCGAAAAGAAAUUUGCAAAGGAGAAUGAGAAACUCGUAUCCGAAGGUCAAAAAGAAAUGAAGACAAAAGAGCUUAACGAGCGACUCCAAGCUGCCACAGAUCUUGAGAAGAAAUUCAAAAAAGAAAACAAGUCAAAGAAAGUUGAGGCUGAAGGCAAAGGAUCUAGCGUCGAAAAGUUCGAGGCCAACAUCACGAAGAUUGACGAAAGAAUCGCCAACAUGCUUCUCAAGCGUGAAGACCGAGAGGGUAACAAGGAGGUUGCGCUCGGUACUAGUAAGAUCAAUUAUAUCGAUCCACGUCUCACUGUCGUCUUCUCCCAGAAGUUUGACGUACCUAUCGAAAAGUUCUUCUCCAAGACUCUCCGUGAAAAGUUCGCUUGGGCUAUCGAUUCUAUCAAAGACGAGGAUGAUUGGGAAUUCUAA